AUGCCCCCUAGGCGCACCCGUCAAGAGGCAGUAGCUCUCAAUGGGCUGGGAUCCCCGGGCGAUGGAGGUGCAAAACAUCCCCGGACGUCUCCUCGCGGCAGUCAUUUACAACCCGUAUCAUCGUUCUGGUACCUUACUUUGGAUCGGGGUAAACAGCGGAUUCGAAUGCUGAGGAUCCACCGUCCCGUCGAUGUCUGCAACGCACCCAUCAAAGGCGAUUUGCUUACGUUCGGCCAUGAAGCAGCCCCGCCAUCUCAUGCCCUGUCCUACACUUGGAAAAGUCAGGAAAAUAUGCAAACCUUAAAAAUGAACGAUCGCGCGCUAGAUAUCGGAUCCAACAUGUUCAAGUUCUUUGAAGAGUUCCGAAAGCAUCACUGCAGUCUGUGCAGCGAGCAGUGCUGGCUAUGCGUUGACCAAGUUUGCACAGAUAAGAACGACAUUUUAGAGCGCAAUCAUCAGGUCAACAUGAUGGCUGCGAUUUAUUCAGAGGCAAGAUCGACCAUAGUCUGGUUGGCUUGA